AUGUCGCGGCUGCGGACGGAUUUCGUCGACGUCGGCGUCGUCGGCCGCGGCGGGUUUUGCAAGGUGUUUAAAGUCAUCGGCCGUCUGGACGGCGCGCAGUACGCGGUGAAGCGCACGGAGAAGAAGUUGCAGACGGAGCGAGAGAAGCUCGAGGCGCUGCGGGAGGUGCAGGCGAUGGCGAGCUUGGGCGGCGGCGGCGAGCACGUCGUUCGGUAUUUCGGCGCGUGGAUGGAGUACGACCACCUGUACAUUCAGUUGGAACUGUGCGACGGGACGUUGUCCGAACUGAGCGCGCUCUCGAACGCCGCGACGGAAGCGUCGCUCGUGAGCGGCGUCCCGGUCCCGGCCGGGGUGAAGAUCUUCGACGAGGCCGCGGUGAUUGAGGUGUUAACGCACGUGUGUCGCGCGUUACGGUACGCGCACGCCAGAAACGUCGCGCACCUGGACGUGAAGCCGGACAACGUGUUGCACCGAAGGGGCGCGUAUAAGCUCGCCGACUGGGGCCGCGCCGCGCCCGUGGACGGGAUCGGCGGCGGGCGGCUGGUUUCCGUCGAGGAAGGCGACGCGAGAUACCUCGCCCCGGAGCUUCUGCGGGGCGACUUUGGCUGCUCGCUCGGCGUCCCCGGCGACUCCUCCUUCGUGGGGUUAGACCGCGCGGACGUCUUCUCCCUGGGCGCGACCGCGUACGAGCUCGCGCGCCGCGCGCCGUUGCCGUCGAGCGGCGACGAGUACCAGGCGCUCCGACGCGGCGUCGGCGUGCGGCCGCUCGGGGAGGGAUGGUCGGACGGGUUCCACGCGCUGAUCUCGAGCAUGAUGCGCGAGGCGCCGGGGGAGCGGCCGAGCGCGAAGCGACUGAUGCGCGAGGGGUUGCUGAGCGGCGACGGGGGGGGGGGCAGCGCGUGA